GUGCAGCAUCUCUCAGUGCGAAAGGAACUGGAGCGAUAUAAACGCACCGUGGUUUGGAGGUGUCGACAAGACUAUUUCCUCAACUGUUGACGAAGUAAAUUCGUACGUCCUGGUUGUGAUUAAGAUCUUGCUCGGAGAUAUACGAAUCGAGGCUAUACUAGAAGUACAGUAUGACGGACGUGAUAAACAGCAGAGAGCCCGGUCGGGAGGACUUCAGCGUGGAGGGGGCCAGUGGAGAGCAGGGCAUCGCCUUCCAGAUCUUUCCAGAUAGCCGUGAACGCUACCCAAAGCUGUCCAAGCGCCUACCAUCCAUUGUAGUGGAGCCGACGGAGGGGGAGGUGGAGAGCGGCGAGCUACGGUGGCCCCCGGAGGACAUGAGGAGCGCAGACGCAUCCCACAGACCCUCACACGCGACCAGCAGCCCUCCAGGGCAGAGCGCAGAGGGGCAGAGAGAAGGUGAACAGCAGACUGGUGAGGAGCCAUCCGGUACUGCGCAAGACUCCAACUGAAGAGGACAAAUCUCCACACUACCUCCCCCCACAUGCUGAAAACUAUCUCUCUCUCUCUCUCUCUCUCUCUCUCUCUCUCUCUCUCUCUCUCUCUCUCUCUCUCUCUCUCUCUCUCUCUCUCUCUCCACCUCGCUUUCAUAGUCUCGACUUACAUGCACAGUAACAUAUUGAAUGAUAUGCCCGUAUCAGUAGGCCUAUGUUUUUUCCUCAACGCACUGAGAACCAACCAGUUGUAAUACGAUUUAAUUUCUUUUUUCGGAUCUAGUCACUAUACUAAUGCACCUUCUGUGUGAUUUUGGUGAGGUGAACAGAAGUGACAUAGAUCAUGAAAACUCCUUGUCAAAAGUGCUUUGGGCAUUUUCUCACAAGAGUGAAGCAUCAAAUAAUGCGCUUCCUGAUCACGUCAUGUCAAGCCUAAUCAACACAAGCUGUCCUGUAAAUGCUUUGCUACUCAUGGACAUACCGAAGGACUUAGGAAAUUUGCUCUCAUCAGUUUUAUUCAAAUUUUUCCUGGAAGCAACUGAACUUCCUCUUGGAAAAUACAUUUACCAGUAAAUCCUCAAUUUGAACUCAGAGAGUCAAACAGCGCAUAUGUAACAAAAAUAGCUACAAUAUAGGCCUACCUCAGUUUCAAAAAAGAAAACAUAACCCUUGCUUAUCUUGGGCUCACUUGGGAGGCCCCUAGAAACAUGUGGAAAGCUGAGACUCUCUGUUAUCUGUCCGUAGGUUUCACAAAAAAUAAUUAGUGGCUGUUGAAAAAAAGUGUUGAAAAUAGAAAUUCUGGCUACUGAGUGCCAGGCACAAACACAUGCAUGGCAUUCAAUGUGUUAACUGUUGAGAGAGACCAACACCAAAUGGCUCUUCCUACCAUCAUCCUCCCCUCGGUCCUCACUGACUGUGUCGCCGAAUGCAGAAAUAGCGCAUAGGCAAGCAGUGCGCACACACACACACACACA